AUGAUGUGGUCCGGGGUGGUGAUGGUGUCGGGAGAAUCAGAGUCGAGUCCGGCAAGCCCGGCUACGUCUUCUGGCUCGCCAGCCUACGAGUCGUCGGGCGACAGCGAGCUUGCUCGGCCGGUCAUCGAGGUGGAGAUGGUGACCGGGGCCGAGGUCGAGGCGCUGUCCAACUCGGUGGUGCAAGGCACCAAUCCGUUCCACAAGACCAAGGUCUCGUCGAUUGCAUCGAUCUUUACCGAGUUUGACGCCAAGUACGACGGCGAGUUUGCCAACGAUCACACGACGGUAGCGCGGGUGAGCCGGGAGAGCUUGGCGCUCAUCUUCGACCUCCUCCCGCCAAAGCGAUCGACGCCGCUGACGGUCGAGGAGCUGGAAGAUGCCGCGCUCGAGGUGUGGAUGCGGCUGGAGACGCCGGCGCAGAAGCUUGCGUUUCUCUGGUACCCGCACGCCGACGCACCGCGGCGGUACAAGGGAAGAGCGUCGCUGCCGUCGGGCAAGAAGCCGACUGCAGUGUGGGAGGUAGCCGAUGACGAGCGGGAGGGCAAGCGGCUGCUGCUGUUUGGGACGACAGACAAGAUCAAGAAGAACACCGACGAGCUCGCCCGGGCUGCGCUGACAACCAUCAUGGACUUUGAAUCUCAAGGUCACGUCGGCUUUGUUGACUCGAUCGAGGAUGCGCUCGAGACGCUUCCGGAGAGCCCGGCCGCUACCUUCUCCAACAACGUCUACGGCGUUUGGCGCGGUAGCGAUCAGACGGCCGACGUCGUUGUGGCUGCGGUGGUGUACAAGCGCCGCGACCUUGUGGCGAUCAAGGUUGGUGGCUGCCCAAACGACAAGAACAUCACUAGCAAGGCGUUGAUUGCCAUCGGCGGGUCGUGCACCUUGCUCAAGUUGGUGGAUGCAUCGAGAACCGCGGCCGUGGCCGACCAGUGGCCAGGGUGA